UGGGAGUCUGAAUCCUUCCUUCUCCGCUCAGAACUAUUCACUCUCUGAGAGGAGAAAUGGCUGAUCAAGGAGUUCAGAUUGAUGGCGACAAACUCUGCUGUUCAAUCUGUUUGGAUCUACUGAAGGAUCCGGUAACUAUUCCCUGUGGACACAGCUACUGUAUGAACUGUAUUAAAAGGCAUUUUGAUGAAGAGGAUCAGAAGAACAUCCACAGCUGUCCUCAGUGCAGACAGACCUUCAUACAGAGGCCUGUCCUGAAGAAAAGCACCAUGUUAGCAGAGUUGGUGGAGGAGCUGAAAAAGACUGGACUGUAUGCUGUUCCUGCUGAUUAUUGCUAUGCUGGACCUGGAGAUGUGGCCUGUGAUGUCUGCACUGGGAGAAAGCUGAAAGCCAUCAAAUCCUGUCUGCAGUGUCUGGUCUCUUACUGUGAGCAACACCUCCAGCUUCACCAUAAUGUAGAUGCAUUAAAGAAACACAAACUGGUCGACCCCUCCGAGAAGCUUCAGGAUACCAUCUGCUCUCACCACAAUGAGGUAAUGAAGAUUUUCUGCCGCACUGAUAACAGAUGUAUCUGUUAUGCCUGCUCCAUAGAUGAACAUAAAGCCCACGAGACAGUUCCAGCAUCAGCCGAAAGGACUCAAAGAGAGAAAGAGCUCAAUCCAUGUCGUGAAAAAAUUCAACAAAGAAUCGAGAAUAGAAAAAAAGACGUGAAUUUGCUUCAGCAGGAAGUGGAAGCCGUCAAUCAGUCAGCUGAUAAAGCUGUGAGGGACACUGAGAAAAUAUUCAGUGAACUGAUCCUCCUCAUUGAGAAAAGAAGCUCUGAUAUGAAGCAACAGAUCAGAUUCGAGCAGGAAACUGAAAUAAAUCGAGUCAACGAGCUUCUGGAAGAGCUCGAGGAGGAACUCAAUGAGCUGAAAAGAAAAGAUACUGAACUGGAGAAGCUCUCUCACACAGAGGAUCACACCCAGUUUCUGAAUAUGUUUCCACUGCUCUCAGAUCUCAAUGAAUCUUCAGAGUCACGAUGUCCCACAGCCCGUCCUUUGCUGUAUUUUGGGGAUGUGCCGGCUGCUGUAUCAGAGGUGAAAGAUAAGCUACAGGGCGUUCUUCAGAAAGGAUGGCAAAAAGUUUCGCGGACAGUGAUUAAUGUAGAUGUGUUGCUACCACAACCAGAGCCCAAAACAAGAGCUGAAUUCUUAAAAUUUUCAACACAGCUCACACUGGAUCCAGACACUGUAAACAUGCGGCUGUUAUUAUCUGAAGAGAACAGAAGAGCAACAUUUGUGAAUAAAAAACAGGCAUAUCCAGGUCACCCUGAAAGAUUCACGAACAGGUCUCAGGUCCUGAGCAGAGAAAGUCUGACUGGACGUCACUACUGUGAGGUAGAGUGGAGCGGGUUUGGUAUUUACGUAGCAGUGGCAUACAAAAGCAUCAUGAGAACAGGAGAUGAAAGUGAAUUUGGAAAUAAUGAUAAGUCCUGGGCGUUAAGGUGUUCUUCCAGUCACUAUGAAUUAAGUCAUAAAAGAGUAUGUGAAUGGUUAUCAGGUCCUCAGUCCUCCAGAAUAGGAGUGUACCUGGAUCACACAGCAGGUGUUCUGUCUUUCUACAGCGUCUCUGACACCAUGACUCUCCUCCACAGAGUCCAGGCCACAUUCACUCAGCCACUGUAUGCUGGACUUAGAGCUUAUCAUUUCUUGGGUGCAGACUCGUCUGCUGUGUUUAGUGAGCUGGAGCAGAUGGACACUGUUACAGAAUGAAGGUGUUUCUGUUUCAAGUUAAAGCCUUUUUUCUCCACUGUUGAUCUUUGGCACUGUGCCUCAGCUGCCAGUUAAACAUUACGGGCAGAAGUAUGAUGAUAUUUUUCUUUUAAUAUUCUGCACAUUGUGUGGAAACCCAAUAGUUUCAUGAAGUGAUUCCUUUUCUCUUAUGCACACACCAUAGAAAAAUGAAUAUGAUAAAAUACACACCGUUUUCAUUUGUUUAACUGUUGUUGUUUAACCUGGUUCACUGCACACCAGGAUCUCAGAAUAGUAACACUGAAAGCAUAUUUUUGCUUAUGAUGACAUCAUUUGUAAUAGAUAUGUUACAUGUAAUAGAAAUUGUGACAGUUUCAUUUUGGUGACUUGAGCAUGGAUCUCGUAUACAGGUUAUAGUUAAUUGGUCUGUUUGUAUUACAGCAAUAAUAUUGAUGGAUUUGUGGACCCUUGUAGAAUUAUAUCAAAUGUGUUUGAUUUGCAACUAUGUAAAUAUGCUAAGAAAAAUGCUAACAAUCAGCCAAUAAGUAAAUCUGUAUUUUAUUUAACACUAAAUGAAUACCAAGUGUUUAUUUGUUCAUCAAGUAUUGAGCUGUAGCAGCUCAUCCUGCAGUUACAGUGAAAAAAUGCAUUUUUCAAUUAAAAUUUAUUUGUCUGUUUUACUUUCUUUUGACUGUGGGAGGUUAAAUGGGCAAUUAUUUUUCUGUUAGCUGAGCUUUAUCCAUCCAUCCAUCCUUGUCCAAUUCAUGGUCCCAGGAGGACUGGAGUCUCUCAUCUGUA